AUGAGCAGCAUAGGCGUAAAGCGCGGUUCCGGCUCCGACGUCGAGAAGAACCCCCUGGGCGACGUGGAGCUCAGCGAUGAGGACGCCGUCAAGCUCCAGACGGUCCAGAAGGACAUCGCCCGCGUCGAGCUCGCGCUCGAGCGCCAUGCGCAGAAGAAAAUGGAGCCCGUGUACACGAGACGGCGCCCGAUUGUGAAGGCCAUUAACAAGUUCUGGCCCGUCGCGCUCCUCAACCACCCCAUGGUCGCCAUGCACAUCCAGCACGCGUCGGACCAGGCGGCGCUGAGCUACCUGGAGGACCUCUGGCUGGUGCGCGACGCGGCCGAGUCGCGCUGCUUCACGCUCGAGUUCCACUUCAAGGAGAACCCGUACUUUUCGAACUCGGUACUCAAGAAGGAGUACAAGUUCAUGCCGCCGCCGGUCGAGGCGGACGACAAGCCAGACGCGGACGGGAUCACGGAGACAAUGCUCGAGUUCACGUGGGAGCGCGACGUCGAGCCGCAGGCCACAAAAAUCGAGUGGAAGGACGACGAGCGAAACCUGACGAAGCUGCACGCGCGGCCUGCCAUUGGAGGCGGGAGCUUCUUCAACUUCUUCGAGGUCUCGAGCGAUCCGUUCGAGCUGGGGGUGUCGAUCGCGAACGACGUGUUCCCCGAGGCGAUUGAGUACUUCCUCGGUCAGGCAGGCGGGGACGACAGCGACAGCGACGAGGAGUCGGACGACGACGAGGACGAGGAUGAGGAGGAGAUCGACCUCGAGAAGCCGCGGCCGAAAAAGCAGAAGAAGGCAUAG